AUGGAUUUGUUAGAUAAUACACGCAUAGACAAUCCAAAUGAUGUUCGACUAAAGGAAAUCCUUCAAUUCGCGGGAGCCCUCGGUACAGAAACUCCUCAUAACACUCUGAUAAACAAUCCAAAGCCUUCUACAGGAGUUUCAAAAGACUGGAUUAAGUAUUUUCAAUUUCAAAUGGAAAGGGACUCACCAAGUGAUACUCGCAAUGCACUAUUAGUCGUAGCCGCAUUGAUUGCAACUGUGACAUUCCAAGCAGGGAUGAACCCACCAACUAGCUUUAUUCUUCAUAAACCGGUAGCCAAUUCCGCUGACAUUGCAAACACUGCUCCUCCUGUGUUUGUUCCAGUACUUGCCUCCGGUUUGGCUGUUAUUUCUGGGAGUUCAGGCUCUCCAGUUACAUCGAAUUUGUUUUUAUUUUGGAAUACAUUAGGCCUUGCUGCAUCACUCAUCAUUAUAAUCUAUCUGACUAGCAGGUUUCCUUUCCAGAAAGAGCUUCAAAUUGCUAUUUUCUCAAUGAUGUUUGCUUAUGGAUGUGCAGUGCAUCAUAUUAAACCUGCGGGCGCCAUUAGACUAGAAUGGACGUACGGUAGAUUGUUUGAGGCAGCUCGAACAGGCAGUGUCAAUGCGUUACACCAACUGCUUGCUGAAAACCCAUUGGUUCUAGCUGAUUGUGCUCUCAUAUCUCCUCAUGAGAACCCGUUACACGUUGCUGCUAAGGCCGGACAGCUUGCUUUUGUAAAAGAAAUAAUUAAACAAAGGGCUGAUCUAGUUACUCAAGCAAACCAAGAUGGGUUUCGGCCACUGGACAUUGCUUCAGUUCUUGGGCAUGUCGAAAUAGUGGAAGAAAUCAUAACGACUUGCCAUCCUGAUGUUUGCCGUUUCAAGGGGACGCAUGGAAGAACAUGUAUUCAUCAUGCUGCUAUAAAUGGAAGGGUUGAGAUUAUUGAUAAAUUGCUUACCUCUUGUGGUGACUCUGUUAGAGAUCUGACAUCUCUCGGCGAAACUGCUCUUCAUCUGGCUUUGAAAAACUAUAAACUUAAAGUUUUUACAAACUUGGUCAAAUGGCUGGAAAAGCUUGGCUUGGAAAAAGAGCUCGUGAAUUUUAGUGAUAGAGAUGGAAACACAGUUUUGCACCUGGCAGUCUGUAGGAAACAACUUGAGAUUGUUGAGCUUCUGCUUGGCAGCGGCAAUAUCAGCAACAUUCUGGAACUGAACGCCAAGAACUCGAGGGGUUUCACUGCAAUGGAUUUGUUAGAUAUAGUGAUAGAGAAUUCCAAUGAGGUUCGACUAAAGGAAAUCCUCCAACGUGCGGGUGCCCUUGGUGUACAAACUCCUGAUCAUACUCUCAUUAACACUCAAGAUUCAUCCGGAGCCUGUUCCUUGGACUCAGUCAGAAUUAAGUUUCUAUUUGAACAUCUUGGAAGGCAAUAUAGUUUUGGCAUCCUUAACUUUCAUUGCUCAAGAAAUUGUAUACCAAUGUCGUCUCACCCUUCUUUGAGUACUGGGAGGAGCUGGUUUAAAUAUUUCCGGUAUGAAGAAGGCAGGGACUCGCCAAGUGAUGCCCGGAAUGUGCUCCUGAUUGUUGUCACUCUGAUUGCUGCAGUGACUUUUCAAGCAGGAGUCAACCCUCCUGGUGGUGUUUGGCAAGAUGAUAAUAAUGGACAUGUUGCCGGCAGGGCUAUUUAUGCUGCUCAAAAGGAAGCCUACUAUGUUUUCUUGAUUUCUAACACCGUUGCUCUUUCUACAUCCAUACUUGUUAUUGUUUCGCUCACAUAUAGGUUUCCUUUUCAUUUCGAGAUAUGUGUUGCCACUGGUGCAAUGAUAGUAACUUAUGGAUCUGCUCUUUUUGCUGUUACGCCUAAUGAAUCUGUCAGAUUUCGAUACAUCUUGCUUGCGGCUGCCGUGCCUUUCGUAGUUCGGUGUUUGAUCCAGAUGUAUAACAAGUAUACAAGUAACAAGAUAUCCAAUGGUAUUCAGGAUGAGCUUCAACGUUCUUAGCCAAUUAUGUUUAUAUUCAGGAUGAAAAUCAAUAUCCUCAGCCAAUUUGUUUAUGUAAUCUGACAUGAAAGUCUGUGUAUCAGAUAAUUAAAGUAUUAUAUGUUGUGAUUGCUGAAUUAAGUUGUUCCUUCUAAUUGUUGAUGAACAU